CCAAAUUGUAGCUAACAAAAGAAAGAACAACGAAUCACUCGGUAGUCGUGCAAGUGACAUCACCGCCUCCACCACGACUCCUAUUCCUUUUCUCUCUCUCCCUGGAAAUUCGGUAUUCUUUCUCUAUAAAUAACCCAGCAGAUGCCUUCACUUGUUUCUCAUCGUCUUCAUCAACACCACGCUCCUCUUCCCCUCCUACAAACAAAUUGUAAAACUAAAAGGAAUCGGAAUUUGCAGGUCACAUUUGUGUCUACUCCAACCUCUUCAAAUAUGUCUGCGAAUUCCAAUUCUUUAGAAAGACGUUCUAUUUCUAGUCUCGCACCACUUGAAGCAAUACUAUUUGACAUCGAUGGGACACUAUGUGAUUCAGAUCCACUCCAUUUCCUUGCAUUCCAGGAUAUGCUUCAAGAGGUGGGUUUCAAUGGUGGGGUCCCUAUCGAUGAAGAAUUCUUCAUUCAAAAGAUUGCUGGGAAGCAUAAUGAUGAUAUCGGUGUAGUACUCUUCCCUGAUUGGGAACCGGAGAAAAGCCUCAAAUUCUUGGUUGAAAAGGAAGCCUACUUCCGCAGGUUAGCUGCUGAAAAACUAUCACCAGUUAAGGGACUAUACAAGUUGCGUAAAUGGGUCGAGGAUCGAGGACUUAAGCGGGCUGCAGUAACAAAUGCUCCAAAAGAAAAUGCUGAGCUUGCAUUGUCAAGCCUCGGCAUAACCGAGUUCUUUCAGGCUGUCGUGCUUGGUGAUGAAUGUGAACGAGCAAAACCGUUUCCAGAUCCUUACCUAAAGGGUCUUAAACUACUAAACGCUUCACCUGAUCAUACUCUUGUAUUUGAGGAUUCUGUAUCAGGGACAACAGCUGGUGUUGCAGCUGGAUUACCAGUGGUGGCUUUGACUACUGGGAAUCCUGAACAUUUACUUCGGGAAGCUGGUGCAUCCUUGGUUAUUGAGAAUUAUGAGGACCCAAAACUGUGGAGUGUGCUAGAAGAGCUAGAUGCACUAGCAGCUAAACUUUAAGUCGCAACUUGAAACGGUAUUUUAUCAUUUUAUACCCGUCGAAAAGUGAUAUAGAAAUUCCAACAAGAUCAUUGCGUUGCAGAUUUGUGUUUCUUGCAUUUCUGUCUCAUUUUAAUCUAAAGAGGGUCCAAACUUCAAACACGUCAUUUAAUCAACACUUAGCUGGUUAUGUUUGUAAAAUAUAUUGAUAUUAUCUCUCUAUAUAUAUCUAAAUUGAUCGUCAAGUAAACUGAAUUCAGCUUUGAUAUAAGCUGCAAAUGCUUAUUUUAGUUAACUGAUUCUAGUA